ACACCGUUUAGAAAGGGGGACUACUCUAAACAGUUAACGAAAGUACACGUAAUUUUUUUAAAACAAAUCCUCUAAAUAACAGAAUAAAAGCGAAGGGAGAUGGAUGCUCAACAACAACCGAAUACAGAGGGUGAAGAAGGUCACCCAAAUGUACUGGUAAAUGAAAACCCUCUCUCAGGAGUGUUUUUCACCGUUGUAGAGUUUAUUCAGGGCUAUGGAUGGAUUAUAUUGUUUGGACUGGUUGUGUGUUUAUACAUCAAGAGUAAAUUAUCACCCACAGUCCGGAAAUACAAACAGAAGAUAGAAGAAACUAUAGAAAGUAAAAAAUUUGAUUCUACAAAAGCCCUGUCAAGGCUCGAGGCAAUGGAGGCUUCACGGCGAAAAAUGCAGGAACAACUAGAUGCACAGGCUGCCAGACAUGCUGAACAAAUGAAACAGAGAGAAGAAGAAAAAAGGAAACAAAAAAUAGAAGAUUGGGAUGGACAUAUACAAGGAAAAGGUUACAGAUCUAAAUUCAAGCCGAAAGAAGAACAGCCCACCAGUAGAAGUACAUCGCAAACUGAAAAGAAAAAGCCUUUAAAACCUUCAGAUUACAGUCCAUUGUCUGGAGGUGACGGGGGAUCAUGUGCCUGGAGGCCCGGUCAGAGACGUGGCGGCGGAGGAGGAUGAGGUUAAUUCUCUGUGUGUUCCCACUGGUCACAUGACUGUUUUACUCACUUGUCAUGUGACCUAGGCGUGAAAUAUUCAGUUCUAGAUUUUGAUUUCAAAGUUUUAUGUUUAUUACGUGUUUAUUUGUUUGUUUGAAUAUCUAUUUAUGCAGCAGUUUGAGGAUCAAGUUUAGAUAAAUGUCGUUUUUAUUUAAGAUUAUGCGUGUGUGUAAACAUAGUUAUGUAAUAUCAUAUAUUACAUAAUCAAAUGGACAUUUUUAGGGUUUGACACCCAAAUACUUACGCAGAUACCUCCUUGUAUAUACACACAGUUUUACUUCACUAUUGUGUCACUAAUAUGUACAUGUACAAGUAGUUAUUUAAUAAGGAUGACGUUUGUACGUAAGAUGGUUUUUCCCUGUAUUGGGUCCAGACUUAAUGUUUUCCAGAUAAACAGUGUUACAGUUUAAAUGACAGAACUAUCUUAUUGAUUAGAAGGGUGACAUUACCUCUGGUUUAUUCAUUGAGAAUAUUGUGAUUUACAAAUCUCAGAUAAUUGCUAAAUAAAACAUUCACCGAGUGAGGAUGAGAAUAUUUGGCUGGGGUGAAACCUUUAAUUUUAUUUAUUAUGUGAAAGGAAGUUUUAUAAACAUGAGAGCACCAACUUCCAGUCAUAAAUUUAAAAGUCUGAAAGAAAUUUGUCUUAGCAUUCUUAGGGCAUGAAAAUUAACUGAUGUGUUACUCUCAUGGUUGUUCUGUUUGAAAAUAAGGGUUUAUAGUUUCUUAAGUUGUUUUAUCACAGCUUGAAAAUUAAUUUGUUUAUUGCCACUGUAAGUAAAAUUUUAGAGGUAUUUUAUAUUAACAGAACUUUGUUUAUUUCAUGUUUGUCGGUGAAUUAGUGAAAUAUAAUAGUGAAAUAUAUCAGGCAAUUUAACAGUGAAAAAAAUCAGGUAUAACUUUACCCUGCUUGAAUGGGUCAGAUUUAUGCAGGGUUUGUUGUUUUUUAACCAGGAGGGGAAGGGGCGCAGGCCUGUGAUUUGGGGGAAAAAUAGCUCGGUAUUUGGGCAAAAGGGAAUAAAAAAAAAACUGAUGUAAUGUCAGUUUUGCAGGAAAUCUGCAUGAUUUAAAAGAAAUUUUCUGAGGAAAAUGGGCCUAUUAACGGCCCCUAUUAUAUAGAAGAAAAAAAAAAAUACUGUGAUAAAUGCUAAAAAGACAUAAAAUAAGUUUGUUUUACUCGUAAUACCAAAAUAUGUCUCACAUGUGAAGAACACCGUAUCUUACAUUUUCCAUGUAUUCUCAAAGUAUUGCAUGAUCUGGCAAAUACUGAAUAUGAAAUUACCAUAUAAUUAUAUACUUCACUGUUAUAUUUCAGUAAAUCCCUGAAAAUUUGACCCUACACUGACUGUUUGUACAAAUGUUGUUUUUUUCUGAAAUGUAUUAUUGUAUAUUUUUGAAUGAAGAUAUCUAGUGUGGUUUAUUGCGGGAAGCUGUGAUACUGAUACUUUAAUUUUCUAUUUGAUUUAAUAUCUAGAAUUGAAUAUUUAAGAAACACACAGUUAUAAUUGCUCAGGAGCUGAACUUGUCAGAUGUCUUUGCAUAUAAGAGGAAACAUCAUGUAAAUUCAUCUUUUUCAACAUAGUUUUUUUUUUUUUCCUUUAACAAAUACCUGCAUAACCAAUAAUUUUCUCGGCAAAAAAUUUCAAAUACAGCACACUGGAAAUGUCAAUUUUAAAGUUUAUUCAUGCAUGAAGUCAAUACAUAGUCAUUAUCAUAAUGCUAAAAAUCCUGUCCUCCAAAAAAAUUUAAAAAUGUGAAAUGGAUUUACGAGAUAUUUUCCUAAUCAGUCUCCAGACAGUUCUAGACCAGUACAGUACAAUCUCACUAGAGCAAAACUCAUUGGAAAGACUCUGUGUUUAUUGUGCAGAGGUUGUUGCUCUGCAGGGGUGAAUGUAGAUUCAGAAAUUUUUGUGAGGCAUUUAUUUUUUGCUUUUUUUUUGGCUGUCUGCAAAAAUUAGAAUUUGUGAAAGUGUUAUUUUUUAUGAUGAAAUUAAUAGUUCUACAAGUUGACAGAUAUUGCUAAUAUUCUAUUAUGAGGACCAGUUCCAAUAUUAGAAUAUCAAUCUUAUAGCCUCACAAAAAUAUUUGAUUCUACAGUAAUUGUCAUAUGUGCCAUUUUUUGGAGGUAUAAGCUUGUCCGAGAUAUCCUCAACCCAGGUUGUACUGUACACUGUCUGGAAGACUGAUGUAAUUGUGCACUGAUAUCAGUAUGACGUCCAGUCUAGAAAGGGUCCACUGACCCUGAGACUGGACUGAUGUGACAGUCUGCUCCUAGCACAAACACCACUAUUCGAGGACUUAGUCAAAACAGUGCCUUCUAACCCAGUUAUCUACCCCUGAUGACAAAUGCUCAUCUGUCCCUGGUAACAUUUUGGCACAAUUCCUGGACUAUAAAAUUUUGUUUUACUUGUAUUAAUACAUGUUUAAAGUCAUUCAUUUUAUAUUUACAUUUAUCCAUGUUCUGUGUUUUAUUUGUGUCAUAAUUAUGUCAUUAAAAUGAUCAAUGGGUA